AUGGCAACAUCUGUAAGCGAGACUUUACCAGUCCUCUCCGCAGAGGCCAUCGCCGCCCUCAUCACGAGCCUCUCGCUGCCGCAGCCCACCGCCAUCGAGCCACUCCGGGUCACGGCCGCCUUUCACUCCAUCUACCUCGUGCACUUUGCCAGUCUCCCAGCCGACGCCGCACCACCCUUUCGCACGCCGCGCCGGCCCGAUGAAUCCGUGACGCUGGUGCUGCGCGUCUCCGGGCGCGAUAUUCCCCGCACCAAGACGGCCAACGAGGUCGCCGUGCUGCGGUGGCUCGCGGGGCACACGUCGAUUCCCGUGCCCGCCGUGGUGCGCUUUGAUGCUACGUCGGACAAUGCGCUCCGGCGCGAGUUUACGCUGCUUGAGCGCGUGCCCGGCGCCAGCGUCGACAAAAUGUUCGCGGACAUGAGCGAGGACGCCAAGGUUCGGCUGGUGGCGCAGCUCACCGACGUGCUCGUGGAACUAAACGCCCAUGAGUGGCAGCAUGUCGGCGGCCUGCAGCUGGACGACAAGACUGGGGAGGCGGUGCCUGGGCCGGUCCUGGAGGAUACCUUCUGGAUGGUGCCGGACAUUGAAGCGUACUGGAGCGCGGAGGAGUCGGUCACGACGCUGAACCCGACGGGCCCGUACAAGAGCCACGCGGAGCUGGUGCAGGCCUUCCUGCAAGUCUACGUCCAUGCCGUUUCCAGGCACGAGUCGCUGGCGUGGCUUCGCCAGGAUCUCCAGCCGCGCCUCGAGGCGCUCAUUGCGCAUCUCCCCAGUCUGGAGACGCAGCUCGCGGCCACGCGGCUCAUCCUGGCGCACAAGGACCUGCACUUUGCCAAUGUCAUGGCCACGCCCGACGGCACGCUGACGGGCAUCCUGGACUGGGAGUUUGCGGGCGUUGUGCCCGCGCCGCGCUGGGAUCCGGUCCGGGCGUUUCUCUGGAACGGGCAGCCGGAAGAGGCCACGGGCGCAGAGAAGGAGCGGCUGCGGGGGAUUUUCGAGAAGACGCUCGAGGAGCGCGGGAUCGAGCAGUGGUGGGAGCAGGGCAUCCCGGCCGAGGUGACGGACGUGUGGACGGUGCUGCGCUUCACGCGGGCGCUGGUGGAAGUCUGCCCGAGAGGCCAGCGCGCAGAGCUGGUGGAUGGAUGGAGAGACGCGGCCAUGGCUGCGUUGACGAAGCUGGGGGUAUAA